AAAAAGUUUUAAGUAAAUUGGUGGUGGUGAAAGCUGUAGAACUCCAUAUAAAAAAACUCUUUCCUCUGAGAUUUUAUUUUUCCAUGGAUGUGAACGCAGCACAGCUCUGAGCUAUGGGAAGUAUCUUCACUGUUUUUAUGCAAUCCACCAUAAAAACAUAUUGACGACAGCAGAUUUGUUUUACUUCAAUCUCAGGCAUCAACCAAAAACGGAGUCAUGGCGACCUUUCAGAUCAGGAGGUACCAGGACGAGGACGCUGAGAGCGCGAGGGAGAUAUUCACCCUGGGCAUGAAUGAACACUUGCCUUCGUCCUUCAUGCACAUCCUGAAGCAGCCGCUGACCCAGAUGGUGCUCAUGGUCACGUUCUGUGCUCUCAUGACCAGCUCCAAGUCCUUCCUGCUCCCCAUCCUGGCGGUCACCCUGCUCCUGGCCGGGGCCCGGCAGAUCGUCGUCUACAUAUUCAGCAGUUACAUAAACGACUCCAUGAAGACUGACCUCAAAGACAUCGGCGAGGCCUACCUGAAGCAGAAGGACUCGUGUUUCUGGGUUGCUGAGAGCGAUGGCCGCGUGGUGGGCACGGUGGCGUGUCUCCCUGCUGAGAAAGCACCCGGGUGCCUGGAGCUGAAGCGCAUGUCGGUGCGCCGCAGCCACCGCGGGCUGGGCAUCGCUAAAGCUCUGUGUCGGACGGUGGCAGAGUUCACCCGGGACAGGGGCUACGCUGCCGUCAUCCUCUACACCUCCAUGGUUGCAACAGACGGGCAGAGACUGUACGAGCACAUGGGUUACCAGAAGAUACGAGAGUUUCAUAUACCUGAGUUUUUUGCCAAAAUCAUCAACUUCACACUGAUUGAGUACAGACUGGACGUACAGCCAGAUGGAGAAAGUGACUGAAACUCACAUGAAUGUUGUACAACAAUGUUAGUUCCAUCCAUAUACAGGACUGUCUCAGAAAAUUAGAAUAUUGUGAUAAAGUCCUUUAUUUCCUGUAAUGCAAAAAUGUCAUGCAUUCUGGAUUCAUUACAAAUCAACUGAAAUAUUGCAAGCCUUUUAUUAUUUUAAUAUUGCUGAUCAUACAGUUUAAGAAAACUCAAAUAUCCUAUCUCAAAAAAUUUGAAU